CGGCGUGAACCGAGGAAGCCAGUCAGUCAGUCGAGCGCGAGCGUAGUGUCAGUACCGUAGUGAGGUAGACCUUGUGGACUGUACGUACCUAACUACUCACACUACCCUCGUUUUGACGUUUGUGAGUGGCUCAAGAUGACGGUGGAAGUGUGCACGCGCGUGGGUGUGCGGGUGUCGGCCGCCCCCGGGGCUAUCAAGGACGAGUCACAGCCUGGAGGUGGUAACUCCCCCGCCCACGAGACCUCAGAAGCCCCAACACCCAGACCCAAGUUCAUGAUCACAGACAUCCUCGCCCAGCACAAACCUCCUCCUCCACCCAUCUCCGUCCAUAACGAGGCUAUAGCGCCGCCCACGCCCUCGUGCAUAGAAGAACCCAAAGAUUUGAGCCUCACGAGGGGUCCUCCUCACGCCGAGGACGACGACAUAGACCUCGAGGGCGACGCCAGUCACGACGAAGAAGACCCAGAUAACAACGACACAGACAACGUUGAGGGGUGCGCGGACGGGUCAGGACCGCCGCCGUGCAAGAAGCAACGGAAGGCGCGGACAGCGUUCUCUGACAACCAGCUGCAGACGCUGGAGAAGAGCUUCGAGCGUCAGAAGUACCUGAGUGUGCAGGACCGCAUGGAGCUGGCUGCCAAGCUGAACCUGACCGACACCCAGGUCAAGACCUGGUACCAGAACAGACGGACCAAGUGGAAGCGCCAGACGGCCGUGGGUCUGGAGCUGCUGGCAGAGGCUGGCAACUACGCCGCAGUCCAACGUAUCUACAGCACGCCGUACGGCUGGCCUUACCCGCCUCAACCCUCUGCCGCCGCCGCUGCCGCUGCCGCCGCUGCACUCAGCCCCGCCGCCUCCGUCGACCUUUACUACCGUCAGGCCGCCGCCGCCGCCGCUCUACAGAAGCCCCUGGCCUACCGUCUCUACCCCCCUGGCCUGCCCAUUCUGUCCCCGAUGCAUUCAGACCCUCUGAGGGACGCUCUCCGACCCGAAGCCCUAAGACCAGAGACCAUCAGACCUGAGGCCCUAAGACCGGAACUCCGCCACGACGCCCUGAGACACGAGAUGCUGCGUCAGGACCUCCGCUCAGAGACCCUGCGACCCGAGGCGCUGCGACCGGACGUGCUGCGCUCCCUGGCCUGCUCCAUGGCUGGUGGUUCCCCUCUGGUGGGCUCCUCCCUCACCGUGACGGCCUCUCUUCCUUCCUCACCACUCACCUCCCCUCUUUCCUCCUCCGCCUCUCCCUCCCCUCUAUCCUCGGGCGGGCCACUCUCAGCGCCGUCUUUGCCGCCUUACUACCGCUCGGAGGCCGCGUCGCAGGUCUAAGAAACAACUCUCUCCUCCUCCGCCCCUUCCACCAGAGCCUCCGUUUCCCUCUCCCACCCUCAUCAUUCUCUCUCUCGCACACACACAUAUACACACUCACAUGCCACUGCCUCAUCCCUCACUGAAUCAUUCCACAUCACGGAGGCUCUGUGUCUGUAAAUAUUAUAUCUACCGUGUAAUCCCAGUGCUCAUUGUACAUAGGAGUGUUGUCAUAUUCAUGGAGUCAGUAUGUGAGGCACUAUUUUGGGCUAAGUUGUUCCCUCUGUCUGACUUCUUGUCCUCCUUCACCUCUCUACGACAAACCCAUAAUUCAUCCCUAGACUUCCAGUCCCAACCAAUCUACGACCCCCACCAUCCCACCUUGGAUACCCACUCAACCUAUCUACGACCCGACCCCCCCCCCUCCCUCCAUCCCUCACCUCAUCCUCGUGAAGAGUCAAACACUAUAGGACUUGUAUACGAACUAGGUUGUCCUAUAGCCUAUAUCCUCCACCUAUGAUCCCUCCUCCCCCGC